GGGGUUAGUCUGAAGAAGCUUACGCUUGAGAGGAAACCCAAGCUCGAAAUGUGGGCGAACGACUCUGCCAUUAUGGCAGAGGUUCUUGACGAAAAGAGCGAGCUGGAGAUCGCGAUUAAUGGUUCUGCAAUUACACGCUACGUUCUGCCCCUGCCAGUUGCUUAUUUCGUCAUGACACUCAAAGUCAUACUGGUCAUUUUGGUCAUUUCGGCCAAUUUAUUUAUGCUGACGGUGUUCUGUAUGCGUAAGAAGGUCCGCGAGUAUCCACAAGGAGUGUUCAUGGUAUCCAUGACGGUGGCUGACUUUCUUCAGGGAAUCGCAGUGAUGCCCUUUGGCGUGGAAACCACCCUCACUAACACGUGGCCCUAUGGGAAAGUGAUGUGUGACGUCACCGCGACGGCUCUGACCGUCAGUUUUGCCGUCUCUCUCUGCAGUAUGUGUCUGAUGAGCGUGGACAGGCAUCUAGAGAUCAGAUACAAUAUAAACUACCAUCAAAUCAUGACCCAGAAGAGAGCCGUGGCAUUGGUCUUGAUACUGUGGGGCUCAUGCAUCGUUGGCCUUAGUACAGUGAUCAUAGGAUUUGUUGGCGGGUUCUACAACAGGAAAACGGAGCAAUGUGUGCCAGCGUACAUCCCGCGAGGCCUCCCAGCGAUGUUCCUGGUCCACUUUGGCUACCAGGUGGUAGCGUACUUGAUCAUCAUUUGCGUGAAUGUGGCAAACCUGAUGAUUGCCCGCCGGCAUUUGAAGAUGAUUGCCCAACAGGUCCAGAACUUGCAGCACAACGAAGAUGCCGGCGGCAGCGUGAAGAAGUCCAUGCGUGGCUUGAAAACAGUCUCCAUCAUGGUGGGAGUCCUCAUCGUUUGUUGGACCCCUCUCAUCGUGGCCAAGCUGUACAUCUUCGCCACCCGCUCCUACGUCAACUGCGGCAUAACGGUGUGGAUCGCUUACUCCAACAGCUUCUUCAACACGGUCAUCUACUCUCGGCGCACCGCGGUUUUUCGCGCGGAGAUGGAGAGAAUGAAGCUUAUCCUGCGCGGUGUUUUUUCACGCAACCAAGUCAACGUCGAGUCUACGACCUCUUCUACCUGA